GGAAAGGUUGUGGGCUAAUUUUUUCUCAAUAAACUGCUUUAGAGAAAAUAUGCUGUCCAUACAGGAUCUGCUGCACGAAAGCUACCUUGGUCUUCUACAUCUGUCAUCUCUUUUUCAAUUUUAGAUAUGACAGUAAAAGCUGAAAUUAAGGAAGAGUUGGUUGAAGAUGAUCCAAGAUAUAUAAUAGAGAAUCAGUUAUCCACCUCCCUUAAUCUUGGAGACUUCAAGAACGAAGAUACCUCAGGUUUUACUCAAGAUGAGAACAAAACGAAAAUUAUGGAGACUUUUUUUGAACAUUCAUCUAAUAAAGGACACUAUAUGAGUCGACACGCUGAAGAGAAACCCGCAAAUAAAAAUAGAAAAGUUCAGACUAGACAGGGACCUUACAAUUGUGAAAUUUGUUUCAAGAAGUUUUCUUAUACAUCUUGGUUGACAAGGCAUUUGAUGGCACACACUGGAGAAAAGUCCUACGCGUGUGAAAUUUGUUUUAAGAAAUUUAUUCAUGCAAGUAAUUUGAAAACACAUUUAAGAGUGCACACUGGAGAAAAUCCUUUUAAGUGCGAAAUUUGUCUAAAGCAAUUUACUGAGAAAGGUAGUUUAAAAAUACAUUUACGAGUACACACUGGAGAAAAACCUUACAAGUGUGAAAUUUGUUUUAAGCAGUUUACUACAGCAAGUCAUUUGAAAAGACAUUUGAGAGUGCAUACUGGUGAAAAACCUUUUAAAUGCGAAAUUUGUUUGAAGCAGUUGACUAGAGCAAGUCAUUUAAAAUCACAUUGGAGGGUGCACACUGGGGAAAAACCUCACACGUGUGAAAUUUGUUUAAAGCAGUUUACAGGGAAAGGUAAUUUAAAAACACAUUUAAGAGUACACACUGGAGAAAAACCUUAUAAGUGUGAAAUUUGUUUUGAGCAGUUUACUGAGAAAAAAUCUUUAAUAACACAUUUGCGAGUACACACUGGAGACAAACAGUCUUUCACUUAUAAGUGCGAAAUUUGUUUCAAGCAAUUUACUGAGAAAAGUAGUUUAAAAACACAUUUGAGAGUUCACACUGGAGAAAAACCUUACAAGUGUGAAAUUUGUUUUAAGCAGUUUAGUGAGAAAAGUACCUUAAAAAAACAUUCGAAAGUGCACACUGGAGAAAAACCUUACCAGUGUGAAAUUUGUUUAAAACAAUUUACGGAGAAAAGUAGUUUAAAAACACAUUUGAGAGUGCACACUGGGGAAAAACCUUAUAAGUGUGAAAUUUGUUUUAAGCAAUUUAGUUACGAUGGAGAUUUGAAAAGGCAUUUAAGGAUACACACUGGGGAAAAACCUCAUAAGUGUGAAAUUUGUUUUAAGCAAUUUAUUCAAGCAAGUAAUUUGAAAACACAUUAUUUGAGAAAGCACACUGGAGAAAAACAGUCUUUCACUUAUAAGUGCGAAAUUUGUUUAAAGCAAUUUACUGAUAAAACUAGUUUAAAAACACAUUUGAGAGUACACACUGGAGAAAAACCCUACAAAUGUGAAAUUUGCUUAAUGCAAUUUUCUGAGAAAAGUAGUUUAAACACACAUUUGAGAGUACACUCUGGAGAAAAACCUUACAAGUGUGAAAUUUGUUUUAAGCAGUUUACUACAGUUGGUCAAUUAAAAACACAUUUAAGAGUGCGCACUGGGGAAAAACCAUAUGACUGUAAAAUUUGCUUUAAGCAGUUUUCUCAGAAAGGUAAUUUGAAGAAACAUUUAAGAAGUCACAUUUGAUAAAAAUCUAAUAAAUGUGAAAUUUGUUUUAAAAUAUUCUCUGGGGUGUUCAUGCAAAUCACUUCUUGAAUAAGAAACCGCAGUAAUUCUUUUUUCUAAGAAUUAUAUUUCCUCUUGACGAAAGAACUUCUUCUACGGGACUACAAUCCAAAUUGAGCCUUGUCCUCCUGUAUUUUGUGCCCCCACCCUUGUUUGUCUGUGGCUGCUCUUCUCCAUACACGGACUCUUAAAAGGUCUUGUGCGUCGCUGUUUACUGUGUCUUCCCAGCGCUUUCUUGUCUUUCCAACGGGUCUCUUUCCCUGCCUUGUAGCAUUCAGUGCUCUUUUUGGUAGCCUAUCCUCUCUAAUUCUUAUCAUAUGUCCGACCCAUUGCAAUCUUUGUAUUCUAAUGAAGUCUGACAGGGGUGUUUCCUUAUAAAGUUGAUACAGCUCGUUGCAACAUGUUGUAUCGACUUCUGAAGAUUCCGUUUUCCCUCACAGGUCCACCACAAUCCCGACUUCUCCUGAGACCCUGAACAAUUACUUUGUAAAUGUGGCAAAAAAUUUAACAAAUACUAUACCUCCUUCUCAGGAUCCGAUUUCAUGUCUUUCGCAUAAGAAUGUAAAUAGUUUCUUUUUUACACCCAUAGUAUUAGGUGAACUACGCUCUACAAUAAAUGACAUUAAACAUAAAUCGUCAUCUGGGACUGAUGGCCUCACUCUUAAAAUGUCUUCUGCUCUACCUGAUUACACUUUAAACCAUCUUACUACCUUAAUAAACAGGUCAUUCGAAACUGGAGUUUUUCCAAGCUGCCUUAAGACAGCGAUAAUUAUUCCUACACACAAAGGAGGCGAUAAAGAUCUUGCUUCGAAUUAUCGCCCUAUUGUACUCCUGCCCACGUUGUCGAAGAUAAUUGAAAGUCUGGUAAAAAAAAGAAUCUUAUCUUUUCUGUUGAAAUACAAAUUGCUUACCCCACAUCAAUUUGGAUUCCUGAGUGACAAAUGCACGAAUGAUGCUAUGUUCUUCCUUUUCGAUCAUGUUUACUCCAGUCUAAACAACCAUCACUCUACAGCAACAAUUUUCUGUGAUUUCUCUAAAGCAUUCGAUUGUGUAAACCAUAACAUCUUGACUGACAAAUUACAGCACUAUGGAUUUAGGGGAAAGGCUCUUAAAUGGCUUAAAUAUCUUAAUAAAAGAAGUCAGUUUGUAAGGGUUAACACGAAGACGUCUUCUUGCAUGCCAUUAGAAUGUGGUGUACCUCAGGGUUCAGUUCUAGGCCCUAUAUUGUUUCUGAUAUACAUAAAUGAUAUCUCUAGUCUGAACAUUAAAUGUAAAAUAUGUCUCUUUGCAGAUGAUAAUAGUAUUACUUGGAGUAACACGGAUAUUAUGGAUCUUCGCAAUACCAUAGCUACAGACCUAGUCACCAUUAAAUCGUGGUGCGAUUCGAAUCUCCUGUUAUUUAACGUUUCUAAAACCAAAGUCCUACCUUACAACAGUAUGAUGCAACCUUUAGUACUUAAUAACAACAGUCUAGAGUUAGUUGAAUCGGUAAAGUUCUUAGGGCUUAUUGUGGAUAAGUCUCUAAAAUGGAACUUGCACAUUGAUGCCUUACACAAAAAAUUAAGUUCUGCUUGUUUUGCGCUAAGAUCAGUUGCUACGGAAAUGAAUUUGUCAACACCUAGGACCGUUUAUUAUGCCCUUUUUGAGUCUCAUCUUCGGUACGCCCUUCCAUUCUGGGGUACGUGUUGUGCAACUCAAUUUGAGCGUAUUUUUAAACUACAAAUGAGAGCUCUUCGUUACUCCCUGAGACUCAAUAGCAGAGUUCAUUGCCAAUAAUUCUUUAAAAAAUUUAAAAUAUUAACUCUUUCUUCUUUGUUUGUUUAAUCCGCAAACAUGCAUCAGAAGGUCCAGAGAGACCCACUCACAACUAUCCCCUUAGAAAGGUGGAGCAUAAUCUUUAUCUGCCAACCCCACGGUCUGAGCUGGUUAAGUGCUCUAUACUAUACAAUUCGAGAAAAAUGCACAAUCACCUGACAUCUAACAUCAAAUCUAUUACAGCAUUUCCCGCUUUUCGCAAGGCCUUGAAAGCUUAUUUGCUAGAGAGAGCUUUUUAUACAGUGAAUGACUUUUUUAUAAACGAUUUGAAUUCAGCAAAUUUACUUGCAGGAUUAUUACUUUCGAGUACUUUUGUACAUAUUUGCAGCGGCAUAGAACUUUUGAUUUACUUUCCCUUUUCCUUGUCCGCCUUCUUUUUGCUCUGACGUAUACAUAUUGUUUGCAAAAUUUUUAAUUUUUUAAUGUGUACUUAAUAACUAUAAAAUUAUAUUAAGUAGUAUAACUCACGCCAUUUACUUGGUGUCUGUUUCUGUUUUUGUUUUGUUUGUAGUUUUUUUAUUAUUUAUUGCUUUUUAUUGUAUUUUUUAUUUUGUAUAAGCUUUGUCCACAAAUUGGUAAAAUUUUUUGACAAUAAAGCAUACCUUACUUACUUACUUACUUACUAUUCUCUUCAGUACUUUCCUUUCGAAUGUGUCAAGUUUGUUUUUGGAUGUUUCUUUCAGGACCAGUGAAGCAUGCUUCACUGCCAUAGCAUGCUAUUGGUCGAAUUUAGGUCUUAUAUAUUCUCAUCUUUGUAUUUCGGUGGACACUUUUAGACCGAAAUAUAUGGGAGAGGACAAAAUAAGCUCUGUUUGCCUGCGUUAUUCUCUUUCGUAUUUCUCCAUCUUAUGAUCCAUCGGUAUAUAUUUCUACUCCCAGGUAAGUAAACUUUCCAACCUUUUAAAUGUCAUCUUCAGGUAUAAUAUUUUAUGGGACUAUAUUUCUUCUGUCUGUGUCAUUAUUUUUGUUUUUUCUGUGUUAAUUUCUAGACCUAGCCUUUUUGUUUGCGUUUUUAACUCUGCGUAUGUUUCCUGUGCUCCUGUUGAUGUUCUUCUCAUAAUAUUAAUAUCAUCGGCAUAAGCGGCCAGUUGAACCGUUCAGUUGGUCAGUAGGUUUCCUCGUCCAGUUUGCAUUCGCCUAACCGCAUACUCCAGUGCCAGGUUAAACAAAGUUGGGGCCAACCCAUCUCCCGGCUUUAGUCCCUUCGAAAUUUUGAAAAACUCUGUCCGGAGGUUUUGUAUUCGUACACAUGCCUGAGUUUUAUCCAUUGUGGCUUUAGUGAGCCUAAUUAGCUUCUGUGGUAUUGCCAAUUCAGCCAAUAUGUUGUAGAGUUUGUUCCUUUUGACGGAGUCGUAUGCCUGUUUGAAGUCUACAAACACGUGAAUAUUAAUGUCGUGUUACCAUGAUUUGCUCAAGAUCUGUGUGACUGUAAAUAUUUGAUCCAGUGUCGAUCUUCCCUUUCAGAAGCCCGUCUGCUACUCUCCAAUAAUAUUUUCUGCUAGUGGUUGGAGCCGCUGGUUUAUAAUAUACGUGAGGACUUAAUAUGCUGUAUAUAGUAAAGAAAUUCCACGGUAGUUUUUGCACUGGAGUUUGUCUCCUUUUUUAUAGAUCGGGCAUACUAUACUUUUCUUCCAGUCGUCGGGUAUUUUCUCUUCUUGCCAUAUGUCUUUGGUGAGCGCAUGGAUGUGACUUGCUAGGUGGUCGCCACCUACCUUAUACAAUUCUGCUGGUAUUUCGUCAACUCCCGGUUCUCGAAAUGCCAGCAGAAUUGUACCUUCCCGGUUGUUUUUCUGGACCUUAAUAGCUUCGAGAACUUCCACUAUGUUUGGAGCUUCUACUCCAUUCUCUACUUCAUUCUCUUCUACGUAGUUCGUACCCAUUUCGUCUUUCAUUUCGACUUACAUAUGUCCUAAGUGGGGCCUGAAAAUAAUGCUUCCAGGUUUCUGUAACUUGCUGUUGGUUACUGAUUAUUUGCCCACUUUCAUCUUUACAUAGACUUGUUUGAGGUUUAUACCAACUUUUUAUGUAUUUUUGGUAUUCGUAAGCCCCUCUAAUUUCGUUGUUUUUGAGAUUUUCUUCCAUUUUUCCAUUUUCAUAGGUUCUCUUUUUAUUUCUACAUAUCUUGUCUGCUUUCCGUCUUGCGACUUCAAAUGUUGUUCGUCUUUUCCGUGCUCUUCUUGUUUAUAUACAUUUUGUGUGCUUCAUUUCUUUCCUCUAUUGCUUAUCUGCACUCAUCAUCAAACCAUGCUCCUCUUCUCUCCUUUUUCUUGUUUCCCAGGGUGAACGCUGCUGCUGUCUGUACUGCUGUUUUGAUAUUAUGUAUUCCAUUUUCCCUCUAUGGAUUGCAGUUCUAGCGUCCUUAACUCAUUUGCGACUUUCUUUGAACUUCUCUUUACAUUCCUGAAUCUUCAGUUUUUCCAGGUCCAGUUUGUUUGUUCUUUGUUGUCUUUCGGUUCUUUCUUUGUUAACUCUGGAUCUAAAUUUGGUUUGUAGUAAAAGAUGGUCUGAUGCAUGCACAGCAUGCUCUCCGUCGUAUUCUCACAUCUGAGAUACUACUGACUGCCCUUUUGUCUAUCAGCACAUGGUCGAUUUGAUUAGUUGUGGUUCCAUCUGGCGAAAUCCAUGUCAUUUUGUGUAUGUCUUUAGGUGGGAAGAAUGUGGAACUUAUAACCAUGUUUUUACUGGUGGCAAAAUUUAUCAAAAACUCCCAUUCUCGCUUCUUUCAUUGUGCGGUGAGUGUUUUCCUGUUGUUCCAUAGAACUGCGGCUUCUUGCCUAUUUUAAUCCUAUCACCCAUUAUAAUCUUGAUGUCAUUUUUGAGCGCAUUGUCAUAUACUAUCUCUAGCUGUUGGUAGAAGCUUUCCUUUGUAUGUUGCUCUUGUUCGUCUGUUGGGCAGUGAAUGUUUAUCAUUGUUAGGUUGAAGAUGUGGGUGCAAAUUAUUAGCUUGCAUAUCCUUUCACUGACUGCCUUGAAGUGUCUGAUUUUUGACUUAAAAUCAUUAUCGACCACAAAUGCAACUCCACAUUCUUUGUUUCCUUGUUCCUUCCAACUAUACAGAAUUUUGUGCGUUUUAGUGUCCAUGAAACCUUUUCCCAGCCAUCUUGUCUCCUGAAUCAUGAGCUUAAAUAUUUUUAGUUCUUGCAGAAGUGCGGUCUGGUUUAUUUAGCGUCCUCACAAACCUUACAAAUGAGACAUUUGUUUAAAGCAGUUUUCUGAGAAAAGUAGUUUAAACACACAUUUGAGAGUACACACUGGAGAAAAACCUUACAAGUGUGAAAUUUGUUUAAAGCAAUUUACUACAGUGGGCAAAUUAAAAACACAUUUAAGAGUGCACACUGGGGAAAACCUUAUGACUGUAUAAUUUGCUUUAAGCAGUUUUCUCAGAAAGGUAAUUUGGAGAAACAUUUAAGAAGUCACAUUUGAUAAAAAUCUAAUCACUUACAAGUGUUAAAUUUUUUUAAAGCAAUCUACUGAGAAAAUUAAUUUAAACUUAAACACGCAUUUGAGAGUACACAGUGGAGACAAACCUUAUUUAAAAUUUGUUUUAAGCAGUUUACUGAGAAAAGUACUUGAAAAAAACAUUCGAAAGUGCACACUGGAGAAAAAUCUUACCAGUGUGAAAUUUGUUUAAAGCAAUUUACUGAGAAAAGUAGUUCAAAACACAUUUGAGAGUGCACACUGGGGAAAAACCUUAUAUGUAAGUGUGAACUUUGUUUUAAGCAAGUUAUUCAUGGAAGUAAUUUAAAAUCACAGUGGAGAGUGCACACUGGGGAAAAACCAUAAAAGUUGUAAUACAGUAUGAGUAACAAUCCCGAUUAAAAUAAUCAAACGCCGGAACCUGAGGCCCCCAGACUACGUAGAAGCACAGGUAGUCUCGACCUGAGUGGACGUGUGGGCAUUCGUGCAGAGGAUCUCCGUAGAGCGUUGGAACCCUUGACAACAACUCGCAACAGUGGAGAAACAGAAGCUUUUCCUCGCGCAGGAGAAUCUGGUGCAGGAGGUUCUGGUGCAUCCGGCUCCCGUCCAGAGAGACCAAGGGCUCCAAGAGGUUCCUGUGCCCGUACCCGUGCAAGAACAUCCCAAAGGGGCACAAGAAGGAGUGAAGCCUUACAAUUUGCCAGAUUCAGCAUCCCAGCAAUCAAGUCAACUGGUCGACCUUCCUCUUCAGAGAUACGAACAUGACCUUCCUCCUCGAUACCCGAGCCAGGAAAGCGUCGAGGAGGGGGAGCUGAAUCUGCUCCUGACGGAGACAACCAGUAGGCAAUAAAUAAUUCAACGAUGUCUUGUCUCCGUUUGAAUGUUUUUUUUUCUAUGUUACUGUUUUUUUUAUAAAUUAAAUAAAUAAAUAUUGAAAAAAGUA